UUGUCAUACUUUGCUCUCUCUGGCUCCAUCCAAUUCUAGUGCUCGUCCACCCAAAUCUCAUUCCUCACAAAUGGGGUCUGUCUUGGCUCCUCUCUUCCUCUCUGUUUCUCUCUCUUCUCUCUCUUCGGUCUUUGGGUGAAGAUCAAAAACAACAUAUUAAAAUUUGUAUACAAACUCUCAUGAUCAAGCAGAGGAUCACAGACCAUUGUGGGUUAGGUCAUGCACGGUGAAGAUUCCAAGGUUGAGGAGCAGGUGGUCACCUAUGCCUGCGAUUAUAUGAACAAGAUCAACUCAAGGGGUAUGUGGCUUGGAGAUAACCCCCUUGACUUUUCUCUUCCCUGUCUUUUGUUGCAGCUCUCUCUCAUCUCCAUCAUCACUCGUUCCAUUUACAUCAUUCUCAAGCCUUUUGGCCAACCCUUGAUUGUUUCUCAGAUCCUUGGUGGUGUUAUCAUAGGUCCUUCGAUUCUUGGGCGAAAUGUGACGUUUUCAACGAAAGUGUUUUCUGUCAGAAGCAGAACUAUAAUGGAGACAGUAUCAGUUUUCGGGUUAAUGCUCUUCAUCUUUCUAAUUGGAGUCAAAAUGGACACAACCAUGGUUUUGAGAUCUGGUAAAAAAGCCUUCGCUAUAGGAAUUUUAGGUUUCUUCAUUCCUUAUGGACUGACCAGUUUCGCGGCCUUCCUCCUCAACCAUUUCCUAUCUUUGGACCAUGAUAUCUCGAGCAUACUUCCUUCUGUAGCAGCAUUGCAGUCUAUUACAACCUUCCCUGUUGUCGCUUGCUUUCUUUCCGAGCACAAUCUCCUCAAUUCUGAGAUUGGACGCUUAGCUUCUUCGUCUUCAAUAAUCUGCGAUGUAUGUCAUAUGUCUAUAAUGUUACUGAAGUAUGCUGCAAAGCUAGCAAUGGCAAAAUCAUUAAAACUAUCGAUAGGGUCUUUACUAUCAAGUGCUCUCUUUAUUGUCCUUCUCGUAUUUGGAAUCCGUCCAGCAGCUUUGUGGGCAAUCAGACAUACCCCAGAAGGAAAACCUGUAAAGGAAAUUUAUAUCUUCGGAGCCAUUUUCGCUCUAAUGGGUGGUGGACUUGUAGGUGAAUUGAUUGGGGUAAGCAGCAUGGUUGCAUCUUUAGCUAUUGGCUUGGUGAUACCGGAUGGGCCACCAAUAGGAGCUGCAUUAGUCGAGAGGCUUGAUUGCUUUGUUUCUGUACUGCUCAUGCCGCUCUUCUUCACUAUGUGUGGAUUACAGAUGGAUGUUUUUUCUAUAAUGAAGUUGCAAAAUGUAGGUGUAAUGCAGUUGAUCGGUGUAGUUGCUUUCAUCGGAAAGACUGUAGGAACAAUCUUGCCUCCUCUGUUUUGCAGAAUGCCAUUCCGAGAUGCCCUUUCCCUUGCUCUUAUCAUGAACACCAAAGGCAUCGUUGAGCUUGCUUUUUUGAAUGGGUGGAAGCAAGACAAAGUCAUGAACGCAGAAUGCUAUGCCAUAAUGAUAAUCUUAGUGGUGGUUGUGACAGGAAUUAUCUCACCCAUUGUGAAAAUCUUGUAUGACCCUUCAAGAAGGUUCAUUGCUUACAAGAGGAGGACCAUCCUACACAGCAGACGCAAUGAUGAGCUCCGAGUACUUGCUUGCUUGCACAACCAAGAAAAUGCCAGAGCGAUCAUGACUCUCCUCCAAGUAUCCAAUCCUACCAAAGACAGCCCUAUAGAUUUAGUUGUGCUCCACCUUGUUAAGCUCAUGGGCCGCGACUCCUCCCUGCUCGUCGCUCACCGGGAACGUGAAAAGUCUUCUUCAAACCCAUCCCAAUCUGAGAGAAUAUUCAAUGCAUUCAAAAAAUUUGAACAACACAAUGGCCUUAUCAUGGUGCAUUGCUACAAAGGUAUUUCGCCAUACGCUACAAUGCACAACGACGUGUGCUCCCUCGCUAUGGAAAAUAGAACGAUUCUCAUUAUUGUCCCUUUCCACAAGCAGUACUGGGCAUUUGGCGAAAUUGGCGAAAUGGUAGAAAGUUCUAAUGCAUUUAAGAAUUUGAACAGAAAUGUCCUCAACAAGGCUCCUUGCUCAGUUGGAAUCUUCAUUGAUCGCGGGAACAAAAGCAAGUCGCAAUACAUAAUAACAGAACCUUCUUUAUAUCAAGUUGCAGUGUUCUUCUUUGGGGGAUUAGAUGACCGAGAAGCGCUAGCAUAUGCUAGGCGCAUGUCAGAGCACCCCUGUGUGACACUCCAUCUUAUUAGAUUCACUGCCUCAAAUUCAACUGAAGUUGUGGGGGGUACAGAACGGGGCAAGAUGCUUGAUGCAGAUAUUUUGAGCAACUUCAAGGUCAAAACCCUUAGCAGUGACCGAGUUUCAUACCGAGAGGAGGUGGUGGCUAGCGGAAUGGAUGUGCUUUCAGUGACUAGAUCAAUCGCGCAGGCGUAUGACCUUGUUAUGGUCGGUAGACGCCAUUGGGAUUCACAGAUCAUGUCUCAGCUCGCAAAGUGGAAUAGAUGUGGAGAAUUAGGGGCAGUUGGAGAAAUACUCGCAGCCUCAGAUUUGAAAGGCGGGCCUUCGGUUUUGGUGGUGCAACAGCAGACCAGACUAUGGGGAUUGCAGGACCCUGAGGAGUCAACACACUUAAGAAAAAUUAGUUUGUAGGUUCUUUCAGAUUUACAAGACGUUCAUAUAUAGACUAUGGUACUAUAAACAAUCACCAUUUCAAGUUUGGUGUGUCCAUACAUUUGUUUUUCUUUGUUGUAUAGACACGGAUGAAUUCUUUUAGUGAGAAACAAUGAGGAUUAAAUUUUAAUACAUGGAUGUCUUUUCUUCUUU